CUAAGGGGUGACCGAGGGAGGCCGAAUGGACGACGGGGUGACGAAGAUCUGGGCAGAUCUUUGGCUCAGCAGCGACAGCCAGAACGACUUGCUGCGCCCAUGUCGGAAGAUGAGCUCGAGUGGCUGUGGAGGAUCGCUGUCGUUGCCCGUGAAGGCAACAGAUGAGCCAGAGGGACGGUUCACGAGAAGGAGGCAGAGUUCAGGGUGCUCAGGGUUCUCAGUAUGCAGUUGCAU